GCAGCUACUUCCUAAACACAAUCCGACGCCUCUGAACCAGGUUUGUUAUGUUGUCGGACACAACUUCCAUUUGUUUACAGUCAGUGACUGAAAAGACAGAGCGAAGCCAGCUCCACGCCUGCUGCUUCACUGUAACCCGCGGAGCCUUCAGGAGGCCAUAGCUGCUCGUUUCCUGGAUGGAGACGGACAGUCUGUUGACCGGGUCUGUGAACCGAGCCGAGGCAGACUAUGGCUCCUCGUCGGGCUCGGAGCACGGAGGGGCCCCGAGCAGGAGACGGAUGUCGUACUCUGCCGCCGAGGAGGCGUGUAGCGUUGACAGGGGAGCCGGUGAGUGCAGGGGAGAGGAUGAUGACCUCUACAUCCAACAAGCUGUUGUCUUCAUUGAGGAUGCCAUACAAUACCGGUCCAUCAACCACCGAGUAGAUGCCAGCUCACUCUGCCUCUAUCGAUGGUACUACUCCCGUUUAGGCCAGUGGGGCUUGGGCCUGACAAUUGCAGUGUUGUUGUUGCUGGCCUUUGUGGAGCGUCCCUCCUCUUUGUCUGUCUCCUCAGACCCCCGAUAUCGCUCCCCAGCUUGGGAGCCUCCUUGCGGCUUCACUGAGAGCUUCGAGAUGGUCUGCCUCAUCAUUUUCUCUCUUGACCUCACUGUCAAGAGCUACCUGAUUGGCUGGGAGGAAUUCAGGAAGAGCAAAUGGCUAAUUGGCUACACUGUUGUCCUUUCGGCCUCCAUCAUCGACUGGAUGCUGUCUGUCAGCAUGGUGUGUGAUGAGAAACUGAGAGUGCGACGACUCCUUCGGCCCUUUUUCCUCCUGCAAAACUCCUCCCUGAUGAAAAAGACAUUGAAGUGCAUCAAGAGGACUCUGCCUGAGAUUGCUAGUGUCAUCCUGUUGCUGGCGCUCCACCUCUGCCUCUUCACCAUGAUCGGCAUGUUGCUGUUUGCUAAGACUGAGGAUUCGAAGAAGAACAGGGAGUGGGAGAUGCAUUUCAGAAACCUGCCAAACUCUCUUACCUCUCUGCUGGUACUUCUCACCACAGCCAAUAACCCUGAUGUGAUGAUUCCUGCCUACUCUCUGAACAGAGGAUACUCCAUUUUCUUUGUCGUGUUCAGUGUAAUCGGAACCUACUGUUUGAUGAAUCUACUGACAGCUAUCAUUUAUAACCAGUUCAGGGGAUAUUUACUCAUGUCAGUCCAAACAUCAAUUAUCAGGAGACGACUGGGGAUCCGAGGUGCAUUCCAAGUCCUCACCUGCCAAGGAGCCCAACAGUCCACUGAGGAGCAUGUUGGUGUUGAUUCGGUGCUGGAGGUGAUGUCCAGAGUCCAGAUGGAAAGCUACUACAAAGCAGCCAUUACUACGGAGGCACAGCAGUAUGCAGAAGCCGGCCACAUGGAUCGAGAGCAGUUCAGAAAGAUAUUUGAUGAGCUGGAUAAAGAUCAAAUCAAGGAGCACCCUCCCUUGCCUCAGUACAACUCUCCAGUCCUGCAGAGGCUCCAGCUGAUCUUCAGUCACUACUAUCUCAAUAUACUUGGCAAUGCAGUGGCACUGGGCAAUGUCAUGUGCAUAUGUACUGUCCUUGUAUUAAACUCUGAAAUGUCCACAGCAGAGAGAGACAACUUCUCGUUGGAGAUUAUCAACCUGUGCUUCAUCCUCUACUACUUGUUUGAAAUGAGUGUCAAGAUCUUUGCCUUCGGUUGGAGAGGAUACCUCUCCUACAAGAACAACAUCUUUGAUGGCUGCCUUACCCUCCUGCUACUGGCUCUACAGAUCACUAUUUGUGUUACCUACUGGCUUCGUCAGGCACAGGGGGACCCACAGAGACAUUACAUGUCUCUGUGGGAGAUGGUUCGUUUGGUCAACAUGCUGAUCGUCUUCCGCUUCAUGCGCAUUAUCCCAGAUAUCAAGCUCAUGGCUUUGGUUGCAAGCACGGUGUUGGACCUGGUGAAAAAUCUUCGAGCCUUUGCAGGGAUACUGGUGGUGGUGUACUAUGUGUUUGCUGUGUUUGGGAUCUGGCUGUUUCAAGGAGCCAUUAAACCUCCUCCAGAGAUGAGUGUGAUCUCCAAUACCUCCAUGGAGAAAAUCACCUCCAACUUCAGUAUGGAGUGUGGCACAUAUGAACAGCUCGAAUACUGGCCAAACAACUUUGAUGACUUUGCUGCAUCCAUCAUUUUGCUGUAUAAUAUCAUGAUAGUUAACAACUGGCAGGCCUUCAUGGACGCAUACAGUAGAUACACCACAGAAUGGGCCAAGGUCUACUUUGUGUGUUGGUGGCUCACCUCCUCUGUCAUGUGGGUCAACUUGUUUGUGGCGCUCAUCUUAGAGAACUUCACCUACAAGUGGGACCGGAGUCACAGCUGCUCUGUAACAGAUGUUGAGAGAAUCCGAUAUGAAACGUCCGUCCAGCUUAUAUUCAAGGAGCAAAUCCAGGAGCCAACAGAGGAGGAGUUAGUUUGUCAACUACACCUACAUCCCCACUUACACCUACACUAGUGAGACACACACACACACAAACACACACACACACACACACACACACACACACACACACACACACACACACACACACACACACACACACACACACACACACACACACACAGCACCAGAUCCAAUCUGCAGUGAAAAGCACUGAGAGGUCAAUGUUCCAUUCUACUUGUUUAAUUGAAUGUUUAUUAUAUUAAUAUGUUACUUCUACUACUGAAACCAGUAUGUGUGUUUUCAUAUGUUCAUGAGUAAAACCACUGUGAGCUGCAGUUUCAGUUGUGCAGGGGUCAGCCAUUGUGUAGAGGUCAGAGAAGCAGGAAUCGGUGUGUGGAAAUGUUACUGCUGCUUGUGUAUAUCACUACUCUGUUAUUUCUCAUUGUUAAGGACUCGCUAUUGCUAUUGUUUGCUUGAUAUUUUAGAUUUUGCAUUACAGUUGUCCAGCCACAAAAAUCCAGAUAUAUUGUCUCAUCAAAGUCUGGUGACUGUGUUAGCAAAUAAUAUCUUGAGAACUGCUUCUUUAGAAGGACAAUAGCGUAUAGGGUGCUUGUUUACAAACACAAAAGGGAUUUUAUCUUAAGUCAUAAGUUGAUGUUUUUGUCUCACUGCGAUGCACAAACACAAACACACACAUCUUAUUGAAAUCUAAUAACAGUUGUGUGGGACACCGUGCUGACAGUGCAGCACAUGGAACCAAUAAAAACCAAAGAUCAGGAUGGAAGUAAAUUUAUGUUUCAUACAAAAAUGUUUUUGCAUACAGUAUAUGUCUUUUACAUAUACAGUAUUUCAUGUCUGGGGACAUUGAACCUUUUGUCUAUCAAUAUGACUGUUAAUAUGAUCUGCCAGUCUCUCCGUAUAAAAAGGGAUAAGCUCAAGUGUGCUUUUUGCUAUUUAUAUACUUCUGAAAAUAUUUUUGUAUUUUGAAUGUAUAAGAACACUGGGAGAAAAUAUUCUGAUGUGUGACUUGUAGAUUGUACUUAAUUCUGCAUUUCUGUUUGUGAAAAAAGGUCCCACAAUUUUAAAUAAAUAUUUUACUAUUUUACUAUUUA